CAUGGAGGGGAGUGUGGGAGGAGGAGAAGAUGACGGUCAGCUGAGCCCCGGCGCCGGCGAGCAGGCAGAGCCAGCGGCCGAGACACCAGAAACAGAUGCGCCUCCUGUCCUUGAAGAAGCGGACGCCAUCCUUGAAAAGCCGAAGCAAUCCUCCGAAAUGCCGAAACCAGAAAAACAGUUCAAUGUAAAAAAUGAGACGUUCAGAGACGUAUUCCUAUGGAGAAGGAAGAAGGCGAGCCUGUUGGUGCUGUUUGUAGCGACCACGAUUUGGGUUUUGUUGGAGCUUUGCGGCUUCCGUGCUCUCACGCUGAUCGCAUGGACCGCCAUGGCCGCGGUUGCUGUUGGUUUUGCUUGGAACAUUGUUGCACCCCUUUUUCGAAAGGAGACCAUUAGGGUGCCGAAGUCGGAAAUCUCCGAGAAAUCCGCCGCCGACGCGGCGCGGAGAGUUUGCAGGACGAUUGAGGAUGGUUUGAAUUGGGUUCUCACUGCGCUGGUGGAAAAGAGAGACGUGAUGGUGUUUGGGGAGAUCAUAGCGGCGUUGUGGGUCGUCUCUAUAGUUGGUAGCUGGUUCGACCUGAUCACGUUUGCCUACUUGUGUAUGGUUCUCUGUUUCGUUUUGCCCGUCACUUACCUCAAGUACGAAGGGAAGAUCAAGAAGAGCUUAGAAGCUGCAAGAAGAUGGGGAGAACAAGUGUAUAAGAAGGUGGACGAGAAAUUUCUAUCAAGAAUGAAAUUCGAAAGGAAACCCAUGAAGGAGAAGAAGGCUGAGUAGGAGGAGAAAUGAUCUGCUGUAGGUCGCAUGGUUUGGUUGUACAGUAUUGUCCCUUUUUAUCUUUGCAAGUAUAAUGAUAUUUGUGUACAUUAUGUUACAUUAUGCAUGCGUUCGACAUUCUGAGUCGAUAAGAAACAUGAUUCUCAUUUUAAUGUCUAACUUUUGAGUCCGACACCU